AUGGUAGACAAGCCCAGCAUGGGGGAAAUCACCAGCUUCGAUAAAGCCAAGAUGAAGAAAACUGAGACGCAGGAGAACACCCUGCCGACCAAAGAGACCAUCUCCUAA